AUGCUGGAGUACUUCCUUGGUGAACGUGGAUACAAACUGACUACACGGGACUCGUUACAUCGGCGCUUCGGCAAUGCCCUCCUCUGGUAUUCGAAUCUCGUCAACGCCACUGAUCGGCACAUUCAAAGCAUUCUGGAACGAGCACGGCCUCCCCCGCUGCGUGACGCUUCAACUCCCCCUGCCGCCGAGCGGGCCGAACGGCUCCCCACUUUCCAAGCGUCUAAUGAUGCAGAAGAGGGGAUCGAACCUGAUCCCGAAAAUGUGCAGCAACCGGAAGGGACUCCUUUCAGCGGUGCAUCUCACGGCGAGAGACCGAGCGAGUAUCUACGUGCUCGUUGUCCUCUGUGCUUCGGCGGAACGACAUGCAGUAGUGAGGAUGGCAUACCUGAUAUCAUCGUCUGCAUUGAUGCAUGCUUUACGCAGAAGCGGAGGAAGGGCCAGGGAGGUGGGCGCGAUGAUCCUCGUCAUGCUUCAGACAACAGGCCGCAUCGUACACAACCCACAGUGGAGGAGGAGGACGAGUAUGAGCCUGGUCUCAAGCUGCCAAGAUCAGUUCUCAAUGGCUGCCACGAGUCUUUCCUAGCAGCAGACGAGAAACGUCAGAAGGCAAGUACGCAACUCUUCGCUGACACGGGUCUCAUGACGCUGCUGUGCCGUCAUGACCGUGUGCUUUGGUUGGUCAACAUGACCUCUGCGGGCGAGAAGCAGUACUACGCCCUUACGCUUAUCCGCCGACUCUUCGACAAUCUCCCUGCUUCUAUGACUGUCAGCAUACUGUACGAUAUCGGCUGUCAACUCCACCGAAGCUGCAUCAAAUUUGGCUUUCUCCACGAUGUCAUCGACUGCAUCACGUUCGCGAUAUUGAUAUUCCAUGCAUAUGGGCACCAGUGGCCAUGCCAGCUGAUAUAUCAUCCACGGAAGGGAAUCGGGUUUGGGUUGACAGAUGGCGAGGGCUGCGAGAGGUUCUGGAGUGCGAUUCGGAAGCUCAUCCCAUCGUUACGAGUGUCCAGAUACCAUCAGCAUCUUUUCAUUCUCGACACGCAGGUCAAACAUCUUGAUGAAGAGUCAAUGUCCGGGCUUGGGCAUUGA